AUGGACAACGCAGUGGCCACCUUGCUGGGAGAAGCCUUGCCUCCAAACUUGGAGGAGCUCGUCCUUGGAUUUGUGAGCACAGGCCUCGGGGACGAAGGGGCCAAGAGCCUCGGGGCAUCUCUCGGUGGCUGCAAGAGGCUCCGCCACGUGAGGCUGGAUUUUCAGAACACGCGCGUCGGCGACCCGGGCAUUGUGGAGCUCUCGAAGUCUUUAGGCUCGUUGCCCGCGCUGCAUGACCUCAAGCUGGGUUUGUCCGAGACCUUACUGACAGACGGAGGCAUCUCCGGUCUGGCAGAGGCGCUGAAGUCAUCAGCUGCGUUUGGGCGACUGGUCGAGAACGACCCGUCCACGGACUGGCCAGAUCGGGAUGUCGGCGCCAACCGGCGUCUCGAGUUGGAUCUAGGAAAGACCUCGGCAAGCGACAAAGGUGCACAGGCCCUGUCGGAUGCAGUCGACUCACUAGCGCCCUUGCUGGCUUACAACCUGAACGUCUACGAGACGGGCAUCGGAGAUGUGGGUCUCGGUCGGGUGGCAAAGUCACUGGAAGGCCAGCAGCACCUUCGUUACCUCAACUUGGUCUUGGCCAACACGCGCGUGAGCGAGACUCUUAUGCUGAACUUCCGCGGUUGCACCCGCAUUCUCGGCCCUGGGAUAAUGCGCUGCGCCGACCCCAUCCGAUCGCUAAGAAGCCUCCGAAGUAUCAAGCUGAACCUUCGUAACUGCACGGAGCUGCAGAAGGAGGCGAUCAUAACUUUGGCGGAGGCCAUUGGCUGCAACUUGUCCCUGGAGGCUGUGAGCCUGAUCCUGCUUGGCACGAGCCUAGGCCCGGUUCUUAAGGGAUCUGGGGCUUUUGACGCCCUGAAGAGUGUAACCCUGUAG